AUGGAACAAGGCAAUACUAUGAAAUGUAAUGUGACUGGUCUCAAAGGAUUCAGUGGAUGUUCUUUCCCCUCGACACUUGGCGUUAAAGCGGGCGUGGUGAUGAUUCCCCUGCUGGGCGUUUCGUGGUUGUUUGGUUUCCUGGCACCAUUGCACAAAGUUUUUACUUAUAUUUUUACCAUCCUCAACUCUACGCAGGGCUUCCUGAUUUUCGUGCUGCAUUGUGUGCGAAACACCCAGAUUCAAGAGCGAUUCAAACGAAAGCUGAACACUGUUUUUCCAUCUGUAUAUACUAAAAACUCCGCAAUGAAGGGCUCGCAAACUAAUCCAAGUGCUGUCGAAGAUAUAGGGGCGGCCGAAUUGCAGUCUUGCGAUGAAUUUGAACUGAAAUAAAAUUUAAAUAACUGGACUGAGCGGGCUGAAACUAAUCAUCGAAUGUUUGAUACGAUCGUCAGGUUUGAUAUGUCAGGUCGCUCUAUUCGCUUCGAGUUACGAGCUCAUUGUAAUGUUCAUGAUUGUAUUUUAAAGAUGUUUAAGGCUAGUUUGAAUGUGCUGUGACCUCGUUUCAUGCGCUUUUAGGUCGUAGUUUUCCGUGAACAGCAUUUUACUUGACUCUCGCAAUCGUUUCAGUUUUAGAUCAUCAGUUAUUUAUUUGUUUCGUUAUUUUGAAAUCCUCUGUGCCAAAUGUUUGCUAUUAUUGAACGACGACGCAGUCUCCCUUUUUGAUAUUCGGAGUAAACACAGGGUUACUUGUCAAAUAACUUUUUUGUUAUUGUAAUAAAAACAGCUGUGGAAAAAACUUUAAGCUAAUAAAGAUCUUAAUGGAUUAAUAGAUAAAUCAAUAAAGUAAUA